AUGGCGACCAUAGUCAAUCAGAUGGGCAAUGCCGGUAAUAAUGGUCCAAGAGCUGAGCCUCAAGUGAAUAGGUUUGGGGAUUUCUUCCGCACCAACCCGCCCAUCUUUCGUGGCUCCAAAGAUCCUCUGGAUGCGGAUUUCUGGCUCAAUGUGAUUGAAGAGAAGCUUGUUCUUAUUGAGUGCCAUUUCUCCAGGGAUUGCCCCUCUCUGAGGCGUGGUGGUGCCUUCAAUGCACCCAGGCCUAAUAAUCCUCUACCUCAAGCACAGCGCCAAGAAGCCAAGCCACAACAAGCUCCUAAACAUGGCCGCCUCAACUACACCACCGCCGAAGAAAUUCCGGAGAAUGCUGAAGUUCUUAUGGCAAAGAUCCUAGGGCAGGAUGAGUCCCCUCCGCCGUCCAGAGUCCGGAGGUCCAACCCGUCCGGGGUGAACUUCGCCGUCGGCGGCUCGGGCGUGUUCGACAGCGCGGAGGCACCUUCGCUCCGCCAGCAGGUGGACCAGUUCAAGAGCUUGCUGGACAACGGCAUCAUCGACCACGGGGACCUGCAGCGAUCGGUGGCGCUCGUCGCCGUCUCCACCGGCCGCGACUACUUCCAGCGCAUCAACCAAGAGACCGGCUCCGGCGACAUGAGAGGCCUGAGUGGACAGGUGACGGACGAGAUCGUGGACGCCGUGACCCGGAUCAAGGGCCUGGGCGUGAGCAAGGUGCUGGUGAACCUGCUGCCCACGCUCAGUUGCCUACCAUGGCAGUCCAUCGCCAGCAACUACGCCCACUGUGACGAUCAAGGCAACAUGCUCGCCGGCAUGCACAACUCGGCUCUCAGAGGGAAGCUCGAAUCGUCGCCGCAAGACGUGUACAUGCUCGACCUCUACACCGUCUUCGCUGACAUUGUGCAAUCAAACUCUGGCCCUCAGUUGCAGGAGACGCACACUCCCUGCUCCUCUAACCAGGAGGACCCCAUCAAUGGCUAUUGCGGGCAGGAGGACGGCAAUGGCAGAGAGCAGUACAGCCUUUGUGACAACCCAGAUAGCUUCUUCUUCUGGGACUACAUCCACCCCACGCAGGCAGGCUGGGAGGCCGUCAUAGAACGCCUCAAAGGAUCCAUCGAAGAAUUCCUCGAAGAAUCCAUCGAAGAAUUCCUGGAUAUAUUGUCCAUCGAAGACAUUAUUAGCCUUAAGCGAAGAAAAUUAUAG